GGAAGUAGAUGCGGUAUUUAUACAUUGGAGCUUCAGCUGUGUUAUUGUGCAAUGAAUAUUGUAAACAACAGACAAACGUUAACCGCAGCAGCAGAGUUGUUUCUGUAGUGUAGAGAAAAAUCGGAAAUUCGAGAUCAUCUCAACAGUAACUUGUUACAAGCAGAACAUUUAUAUGAUUUCUCUCAUAUUAUCGGUAGUGAAACUAUAGAACAUUUUGUCGGGAUCAUUUCUGUGUGUGACCUACGAGUGCGACAGGGCAUUUUUCUGUUGGAAAAAAGGAGCCAAGCGCAACUUCACAAGAUGAAGUGGGAGUUCAAAGAGGAACAUUCGGAAGACCACAGGACAUCAGAGUCCUCCAAGAUCCGAUUCAAGUAUCCAGAAAGGAUUCCCGUCAUCGUCCAGAAAGCGCCAAAGUCCCAGAUCCCUGACAUUGACAAAAGGAAAUUCCUGAUUCCUGCCGACAUCACAGUGGCCCAGUUUAUGUGGAUAAUCAGAAAGAGGAUACAGCUGCCUGCUGAAAAGGCCAUCUUUUUAUUUGUUGGCAAAGUACUCCCACAGUCAAGUGCUACUAUGGGCCAGAUCUACCAGGAGCACAGGGAUUCGGAUGGAUUCCUCUACGUUGCCUACAGCGGGGAGAACACCUUUGGAGCUCCCUUACUAUGAGGAGCCAGGAUGGAUCCCUCUCUUGCCAUGUCCAGGGGACCCCCUUCUCCUUGCAUGGAGAACCACAUUGACUUCUCCUUGCAUGGAGAACCAAAAUGACUGAAACUGGAGAUUUGAGAACUUCUCGUUAGACUCUGAAAGAAGAGCAAGCUGUGGCAGCAAAAGCUGUGGAAAUCGCUACCCAUGUGGGGACAUUACCAGACCCAAUCACUCUUAAGUUCGGAGAACAGUACCAUGAAGAAAUUUUACAUCGAUAUGAUUUCCUUGAUGAUUUUACUUCACACUCAUAUGGGAAAUGCUUCUACUUUUUUCUUUUUAUUUCCUGAGCAAAAUAUUUUAUUUUUUCUAUUUGAAAGGCAGUGAGCUCUGAAUUACCACUUGUAUGUAGUGUGUUGCUUCAUACCUUUUGGAGUUUGGUAUGUUGUGAGGAAAAGUAUAUUUAAGGCUAAGUUCUAUUAUGAUGAUCAUGAUGAACUCUGGUAAUCUAUACAUGUAUACAUGUGCACCAGAAAAAAUAUACAAUGUGUGUAAAUUGAUCUCACCAAUUGAGGGAUCUGUUCAAGUGUUUUUUUUCCUCCGAACUCCAAAUUGAUAGUUUAGAAAAAAAUGUUUUAAUCAUUAUUUCCAAUUUUUCAGGAGUUCCGGUGUCGUAACCUUACUGUAUUUUUAAUGCUUUAUUGCAUUUUGAAUUAUAUAGUACUGUACAUGUAAACACAAACAUAUUGACCUGGAAGUAAUGUUGAAACCAUGUUUUUCGCACCGAAUGUGAUUCCACCUGAGGCAUUGUUUGGGGGGUCAUCCAUCCGUCCUUCCCUCCCUGCGUCUGUCCAUCCAUCCCGUUUUCAUUCUCGUGAUAACUAAAGAACUGCUUGAGGGUUAAGCUUCAUUGUUGGUUCAUUCGGGUGUACCGAAUGGAUAAUGAUCUGUUCAAAUUUUGAGGUCAGAGGUCAUUAUAUACAUUUUACCUGAAAAUAUCUUGAUCUUGUAACAACUUGGAGAACCGUUUUAGGGUUCGAAUUCAAACUUUGCUCAUGUACUUUUUGUAUGUGAUUGAGGAUGGUUUGAUUAGAUUUUGAGGUCAAAGUUCACAGAGGUCAUUAUUUCAAAUUGGGGGUGAUAGGUGUGUGAUAUAUACUCGAUCUGCGAAUGGCCGAGGCAUAAAUUUUGACUGCAGAUGAAAAUCCAUCUAGUUUUCACUUUAAUUAAUACAUUGAAUACACCAAAAUAUCAUCCUAUAAUCAAUGCACUCAUACAUGUAGGCUAGUAUGUCAUAGGGGGCUAAUUUAUGGUUACUCUGUAUAUUUGACCAGCCACAACAAUAAGUCACCAAAAUGAAUUUUGAGAUUUUCAUUGAGCCUUGGAAAAGUAAAAAUUGAUCAACAAUAACCAUCACGAAAAAUAAGAAGACAAGGUUUGAAGUAUGGGGUUCAUUCCAAGCAGUCCUCAAAGAAAAUAGUGCCAAAGAAACUCCUGUAUAACUUUCACAUUUUGAAGACCAAAUCACCAUUUUGGCCAUUUUACCGAGAACAAGCAGUGGUGACUUAUCGUUAGUGAAGGGCCAUCACGGCGGAACUCUGGAAUCGGAGCUCUGUUUUGAAGUCCUGGGCAAUCUCCAGUGUGGGGGUGGGUGGUCACUUACUGUAUGUGUUGGGUCCAUUGUUUAUAGUUUUUAGAAACAAAAGUGUAGACUCAUUAUUCAAAAUCUUUUGUUCAUUAAUACAGUGGCGGAUCAAGGGGGAUGGGCACAUCCAGCCAAUGCCCCCCCCCCCCUUUGAGAGUCAUAGUCCAUAUUUUUAACGUAAAUAUGUUGUUGAAUACAAUACACAAGUGUGCCCCCCCCCCUUUGAGAGUCACAGCAAAUAUUUGUAAUGGGAAUAUGAAUAUGUCCUUCAUACACAAAUGAGGACCUUUUUUGCUUGUAAAAUUUCCAAGGAAAAAAAAAUGUGCCCCUUCCCCCUUUUAAGAAAAUCCUGGAUCUGCCCCAUUCAUUAAUACUAGAGUAACAAGCAUGAAUUCUUAGUGCAGUGGGACAAAAGUAUAUAGUCAUUAUUGAAUCCUUUCUCUAUAUAUGGACUUGAUUAUUUUUAAAUUAAUGCAUGAAAUCUACAUGGUUUGAGACUAAUAAUUUAAACCCAUAGUUGCAUCUCAGCUAUUAUGUAUAGUGUAUAUUUUAUCCAACUAUAACUGUGUGUAGUGCAAUACAUGAUUAACCAAUUAUUGUAUGUCAUUUAUGAAACAUAGAGGCCAACAGAAUCAAUUUACUAUUCUGUUUUCUGACUUUGAAAUAGAAUAUUGAGCCAAAACUGAUUCUAAUUUUGUUAGUUUAAACGGUUGUUUUUUCAAUAAUUUGUAUAUGGGGGGAAAUGUAAAAUCAAGCAUUUGAAAAAAAUCUCUCUUUUUUUCAGUUCAUUGUUUUCUAAAAAUGUAUUUUUUCUCUAUUUUUUCUCUGUAAAAAGGAAAUCCAACAGCUUUUUAAAAAACUUGUUUGUUUGUGUUAAAUUUUAAUCAUGUGCCAUGCCAAUUUCAUAUUUUCUGACAAUCCAGUACAACUCAUCAAGCUAAACUUGUUAUAAAACAUUUAGGUUGUAAGUGGAUCAGACGAUCUGGAGAAGAUAUUGCCAAACUGUAUGUUAUGUAUAAGUUAUUAAAUCGUUAUCCCUUAAAUACUAUAUUCCCUUGGUAACAGACAUGUAAGACAGAAAAAAUACAAUAUUUUGUACAGGUUAUUAUUUUUUAAUAACAUUAUCAGGUGCUUUUUUUUUAUUCUCAAAAUUAAUUUUAGUUCAAAGAUUUAGGUUGAAUGCAACAAGUACAGACAAAUUAAUUGUAUUAAAGUACAAGGCAUUCUGUAAAAACUGAAAUUCCCCGAAAUCGGAUUUGACAUCUUUGGAAAACAGACAAGGUUUGAUUGUUCAUCCAAAGAUCCAAUAUAGAUUGCUCGAUGUGUGGUCAGCUAAUAUUCAUCAGUAUAGCCAGUCAAAACCUAGAGGCUGCAGCUUUUGAUGAUGUUUCGCAUAUCAUGUGAUACGUCGGCAUUAGUGUGAUACCGAAGACUAUGAAAACUCUAGUCUAGUCUGCAAGCACAGGUUCAAAUUUGACACUUUGAACAAAACCAAGUCUAAUGGGGCGUUGCAAGAAAGUUAUGUUGCAAUUGAUUGCAAAUCGACUGCAACUUUGCAGCCGAUUCCGAUCGACUGCAACUAGCAAUCAAUCGCCAAUUUGCGUUGCAAGAAAACGGCUUGCGAUUGAACGCAAGUUGCAGCUGAUUUGCAGACGAUUUGCAGGUGUAAACAGGGUCUGCAGCACAAGACUAGCCGAAAAAGCAAAAUAUUGGCAUGCAACAAUCUUGAACCUGGAAGAGA